AUGAGCGACUAUGUCCUGGAUGGGGAUCACGAUGUUCAUGAGGAUGAGUUUGGAGAUGAAAACGGAAAGGAGGACGUUAGCGUGACAGAUGAAAUGCAUUUCGAUGCUGAGUUAGAGGCUAUCAAGGAACGCUUCAAAGAAAUCGAAGCAGAUGCAAAUAAAUUGCAUGACUUGCGCCGCGUUAUCGACAAGUCUCCAAUAUCAAAAUCAAACAACUCAAAUUUGUCAGAUGAAGAUAAAACUGAAGUUGACUUGCGUUCUGUGUAUGUCGGAAAUGUUGAUUAUGGUUCUACGGCCGAUGAACUAGAAGCUCAUUUUCGUGGUUGCGGGCCAAUAAACCGUGUUACUAUAUUAUGCAAUAAAUUUACUGGACACCCUAAAGGGUUCGCAUAUAUCGAAUUCGAUACUCGUGAUGCUGUUGAGGCUGCAAUCGCUUUAGACGACUCGUCUUUUCGAAGUCGACAGUUGAAAGUCUUACCUAAACGUACAAACGUUCCAGGAAUGUCCAUGACAAAUCGUCCCCCUUUUGUGAGAGGUCGCGCGCGCGGCAGAGGGAUGUCUAUUGGUUUCCGUCCUGCGUAUGCUGGCCGAAUGCGAUUCCCACGAUAUCGGCGACGUGGUAGUUAUUACUUUUCUCCCUAUUAA